AUGCUGCAGAGCCAACUGUCCAUCCUCGUGCCCACCUUCCCCUGCCCCAAGGAGGAGCGCGUGGGCGUGUGGGCGGACGGCCGCAAGUGGCUAUGCAACAUGAAGACCUUUCUGCCAGAUAACCCUGUCGUGUACAGCAUAGGGUCAGGCGGGGAGUACUCCUUUGAAAAGGACAUGUUCUUCAAGUUCCCCCUCACGCGUCCGCUCACCUUCGACCCAUUCCUCGACCCCUCUCUCGCCUCCUCCAUGCAAGCCCUCUCCUUCCUCCGCCUCCUCCCCAUCGGCCUCGCCGGGGCCGGGGUGAUCGAGAGAGCGAGAGUGGACCGACCGGGAGUGCAGUUCAUGACUGUGGGGGAGGUCAUGGCUGCGAAUAAUCACUCCUAUGUGGAUGUUCUGAAGGUGGAUUGCGAUGGGUGUGAGGAGGGGUUGGUUUAUGAUAUUAAGCCAGGAAGGAGGGAGGGUGGGGGGGAAGGGGUGGGGGAUGGGAGUGGAGGAGGAGGGAGAGGAGAAGGGGGAGGAGGAGGGGAAGGGAGGGAGGAGGAGGUGUUGGAGGAGUUUAGCCGAGUGAAGCCGUUUGGGGACCCGGCGAUUGGUCAGAUACUCAUUGACUUGCACCAGUGA